AUGACGGCCAACGCGAUCGAAAGAGAAGCACGAGAACUCGUUCACCACCUGGCAAUUGGACUUCAGGAUCCCCUAGGACUGAGUUCGUUCUCCCCCUCAAUCUACGACACAGCAUGGCUCUCUAUGGUAUCCAAAGAGGGUGACUCCCUCUUUCCUCAAUGCUUCCAAUAUCUUCUAGACACGCAGCAGAAUGAUGGAAGCUGGGAGUCCUAUUCGUGCCCGCUCGACGGGAUCAUGAACACGAUGGCCGGGCUUCUUGCGCUUCAAACAAAAGCCAAAUCACUUCUCAUCCCAGACUCAAACCUCAUAUCUCGAUCUUCUCGGGCAGAGACUGCACUUCGAGAUAUGUUGCAAGCUUGGGAUAUCUCGUCUUGCGAUCGGGUGGGGUUUGAAAUCAUUAUUCCUGCCCUUCUUCUUCUCCUUGAGUCCCAGGGAGUGAAAAUGGACUUCCCGGAGCGGAACCGAUUAUUAUCUAUGUGUGAGUGCAAACUCUCGAAGCUAAAACCAAAGCUCCUCGGAAACACACAAUCAACAUUGCUCCACUCUCUCGAAGGCUUUGCUGGCAUUCUAGACUACAGUACCGUCAAGCAUCAGAAGUCGAACUAUGGGGCUAUGUUGGGCUCCCCGUCUUCGACUGCUGCAUAUUUGAUGUACGCACCUGAGUGGGAUCCUCAAGCUGAAGAGUAUUUACAAAAGGUAGUGGAGCAGUGUGCCGUAGCAGGGGUGAGUAGAGGCGUACCGAGCGCAUUUCCAACAAGCAUAUUUGAGAUUACCUGGACUAUCGUUUCCCUCCUGGAAUCUGGAUACACUCGAGAGGACCUAGGCGAAGAAUCUCUAACCAAACUUGGGGAUGAGCUUGAGAGCACGUUCACGAAGGAAAACUUUCUUGUUGGAUUUGCUCCAGACUGCCUCCCUGACGCUGACGAUACCGCAAUGACAAUCUCAGCGCUUGGUCUCCUUGGACGACCCACCAGUGUUGACCAAAUGCUCUCUGAGUUUGAAGGCCCAACUUGGUUUCGUACUUACAGCGGGGAACGGAACCACAGCUUCAGCGCAAACUGCAACGUCAGUCUCUGUCUCCUGCGGCGUGCCGAUUCUUUCGAGCAUACUCGCGAAAUUGUCAAAUGCACCCAAUUUCUCGCUGAUUCUUGGUACACAAACAAAACCAAAGAUAAAUGGAAUGUUUCGGAGCACUACUCAAUGAUGCUGUUGGCAAAAUCUUUCGCCCUAUUUCUAUCUCGCUGGGGGUCAGACCAACUCGAGGACGGCAAGAUACCUUUUCUCCUCAUUCACCAACAGAUCCCGGUCGUCAUCCUCGACAUCCUACUUCGAACUUUGGAUAGGCAAGAAGAAGAUGGCUCCUGGGCUCAUGAACAUGAAGUCACAGCCUACGCAAUUCUAACUUUACGCGCCUUGCUCCAAUUAUCAUGGAUCCAAUCCCACCAACCAGAAAUCCUCUCGCGGAUAUCAAAAGGCCAGGAAUAUCUCCACCAAAAACGUUCCAAUUGGACAAAAGGCUCCUACCUCUGGAUUGAGAAAGUCGCCUACUCCUCCUCCAACCUCUCCUUCGCCUACUGCCUCUCCGCAACCAAGAUCUCCCCCACAUCAUCCCCAACCGACACCCCCAGCCUCAAAAUCUCGUCCCUCAUCUCCAUCCCCCAAAAGAAACUCUCGGCCUUUCAAUCAUUCUUUUCUUGUCUCCCCCCAUUCUCCUCCCUUCCAUCCUACAAAAUUUCCCUCUGGCUCCUGCAAGCCUCUCUUUUCGUCCCUGCACUAUCAAAACACCGCUUCGAUAUUUUUGCGCGGAAGAAUGUGAGUGAGGAUAAAUAUUUGCAGUAUAUUCCGUUUACAUGGAUUGCGAUUUCAGGUGGAGGAUCGAGACUGGGGUUGCAAAUACAGUGGGAGAUGAUGAGGUUUUCGUUGUUGAUGUAUCAGAUUGAUGAGUUCAUGGAAGCCGUUGUGGGAGGAGAGAUGCACAGGGAUUUGGAUUGGGUUAGAGGUGUUGUUAGGGAGGUUUGUAGGAGUGGAAUAUGGGAAGGGACAACGGGGAAGAAGAGGGGGUUUGAAGAGGAGCACGAGGGGGACAUGGAGGGAGUGGACACUCACGAGAAAUCCAAUGUGGACCAUACCAAGUCCAAAGCCCGAAAAGACGUCAGAUCCACCCUCACAAACUUCACAUCCCACAUCCUCACCCAUCCGCGCGUAGCGUCUUCCCCUACCUGGCUCCGCAGCUGGCUCAUCCAAGAACUCGAAAUCUUUCUCCUAAGCCACAUAACGCACAUCAGCCAGUCUCAAGAAUUCUUCUCCGCCUUCCAAACAGCUCCUUCAGAAACUGCUACAUCUCCCUCUAUUCCUCCACUCUUACCCCAACCCUACCACACCUGGAUCCACACAACCGGCUCUAACACCACCUCCUGUCCCUUCUCCUUCACCUUCUACCUAUGCCUACUCCCAUUCCCCGGAACCCUAUUCCUAGCCUCCGGACUCCCGAGAUACCUUGUCCAAUCUAUGUGUAGACAUUUGGCGAUUAUGUGUCGCCAGCACAACGACAUUGGGUCCGUCGCUCGCGACUGGCUUGAGGGUAAUCUUAACAGUGUUGAUUUUGGCGAGUUCACUUCCCUUGAUGUGGGUGGGGCUAACUUGGACGCUGUACGCAAAGCAGAGUUAUUAAAAGUCGCAGAUUACGAGCGGCGUUGUCUAGAGCAAGGGAUGCAGGAACUCGGGAAAGUGGUUGAUGGGGAUGUGAUGCAGGCUCUGAGAGUGUUUGUCGAGGUUACGGAUUUGUAUGGCCAGAUUUAUUUGGCUAGGGAUAUUGGGGUGAAGGUGCAAGCCGCGAAAACAAUGACCAAGUAGCAAUUUCUAGAGACAGAUGGAUGAAUAGGGCGUUGGAGUGCAUAAUCAAGAAUAUGAACGCCUUGAUUCACGCCGGACAGAGGAAUCGAUAACUAUAAGAAUUGAACCGCCAUCUCAGUG